AUGAUCCAGAACCUGAAAGGCAAUGUGCACCGUGAGAAAGCCGAAAAGCAGGAUCUCAAGCGCAUGCUUCAAGAGGCUAGAGAUGAGUUGGAGAUUCGAAGAGCCGAGCCGAAUGGGAAGAGGCUGAGAGCAAAAUCACAUACGGAUAUGAGAAGAGCAGGUCGGCCUGGGCUUGGCGCCACCAGGAACAGCAGGACUGAUGUUUUGGUCGAUGACGCCGAGCACGACCCCGAGUGGGAAGAUCACAACGAUGAAGACAAUCCUCGUCAUGAUGUUGGUGUCCGACCAAUCACCCACGAGAGCAUGCCAGGGGCGAGUCGACUCGCGGAAAAUAGUGACGCUUAUCAGACGGCUAAUGAGACAGAGGAUGCUUUUGAGACAGCAAAUGAGCGUGACACUACUGACAACGAUGCUUUCCAGACCGGAGCCGAGAGUUUGGCGGGAGACAGCACGGAUGAGGCCGAAGCGACAGAAACAGAGUCUGGUGUGACUCGAGGUGGCACUAUGCGAAGCAAGAAACCACAACCUGUCCCAUUUAACAAGCCGGGUGACAGGAGAUCCAUUCAGAGCACUGCAUCAACCUCUGGAGACGACGAAGGACAUGCUCUCCAUACACCAAUUCAGAAUCAGCCACAGCGGUACCGCUUAAAGGUCAACCGCAAUUCUCGUCGGUCGCGGGUGAGCAGCGAAGUCCCAGGUAAUAGUCAACAGUCAACAGCUAGAAAUUCUCCAGGCAGCUUCAUGAACGGAGGUGGUGAAGUAAAUCAAAGUUUGUUCAACGAGCUGGAGAACCUGAGUGGUGAUGAAGAUGGCACGCCAAGCAAGGGAAUUAUCAGCUCACCCAGGUCCACGCAAUCUCUUCGCAGAAAUGUCAGUGGGAAGAGGUCAUCAUCAAGCAUGAGACAAGGUGUAAGUCCGUCAACGUCGGGUCCAAGGCCUAGCACCGUUGUCUAUGCAGGAGGCGCGCCACCGGUCCCUAGAAUGCCCAUGGUCGAUUCCAGUAUGAUGACAGAGCCGAUGGAACCUCCACAGAGUCCCCCAGGUCAAGCAGGGGUAGGUCACGCAAGCCUACGCCAAGCAAGUCCGAGCCCAGAAUCCUCAAGUAUUUUGCCCACGAGUUCCGCAGCGGCCAUCACCAGCAGAAUCUUUGGUAGCACACCCCAAACGCCACAAAACAAGGGUGUCGAAUCACAGCCUGUUAGUGUGUCUAACCUUGGCUCGCAAUCGCGUUCAUCUUCAUCUUCACGACGUCCAGCUUGGGAUCAGCCGCUCCAGAUGUUUGGCACGAUUCCGGGAUUUAAUCAAAGUGCAGAUACAACGCCUUUAUCGACGAGGUCUGCAACAACGCAGGUGCGAGGUGUUUCUGGAGACCUGUCGUCUGAUGAUCAGCGAGCCAGGAAUUUUUCGAGCAAUUCAACUCAGCCUACGGAAUAUUCCGAGUCAACACAUGAUGAUCAAGCCACGACGCCUCCAGGUACGGCUGCCAAGGCUCGGGCUCCAUUGACAUUGUCACCUAUUCAUAGCCUGGAGUCAGUCCCGGUACAGCCUAUCGAGAGAUCCAUGGCAAACGAGUUAAGCCAUACAACUACGUCUGCAGGCCCACCAACUGCAGCUGCAACCUCCAAUACUACCGAAAGCCCGCCCAAGACGGCUAGUACCGGAGGCAUUCUUGGCUCUGUAUUUGGCUGGAAUAAGCGCAAAGCAUCUUCCGGAUCUCAAAUAGCUGAAGACGAGACUCGUCAAGAAGUUGCUGCGAGCAGUAGACCUACCACUAGUGAUUCCAAGCGUCCUCUCCAAGAAGUGCCAGCCAAUGCUGUCAAUCGAAACAUGCAGCAGAGCAAUGCCAAGCUGUCACCAGUGGCUGAUCGUGGAGUUCAAACACUAUCGUUUUCCGAUUUGCUGGAAAGUGUUGCGAAGAAACCCAGCAUACCGUCAAUGAGACCCCUUGCUGAUAUAGGAGCUGCCUCUCCCGGCCUCAGUGAAGUUGGCAAAGGAAAGGCACCAGAGCAAUAUUACAAAGACUCACUUGGGAAGUCUUUCAAGCGACCAGUCAGUGCAACAAGCAUGCGUUCGCGAGCAGCCCCGUAUCCUCCGCUGCCUCCAGAUCAUCAAGAAGCUAUUGCUGCUGCUGCGCAAAAGGGGCCCCUCGAUUCGUCAGUGACUCCGACGGGUUCAACAACGUCUAUGGGUCCCCCUCUUGCCCCAGCUUCUGCAUACCCCUCUCGAGCUGCCAGGUCCCGCAACAGUCGACCUCAGACUCCAUCCCAGCAAGGAAUGCCAAGUCCAUCCUCAAGAGGCGGAACGACCCCCAGAGCAGGUCGAUAUUCCACCACCCGAAGCCAAGCGUCUCGCCGAUCUUCGUUCUCUUCUUUUGCUUCUGAACUUGAUGAGCGCUUCAACAUCCGCACCGACGCUGGCAUGCCAAUGCCUCAAGGCCUCCAACCUGGAACUGAUCCCCGCAUGAUCCAGGCAAUUACCCAGACGAUGAUCGGCGAGAUGAUGUGGAAGUACACUCGUAAAGCAGGUCGCGGCGAGAUGUCCUCCACUCGCCACCGCCGCUUCUUCUGGGUUCAUCCAUACACUCGCACACUCUACUGGAGCGACCGUGAUCCGGCUUCCGCCAACCGCGCGGAGCUCAAAUCUAAGAGCGUAGCCAUCGAAGCCGUACGAGUAGUCACAGACGAUAAUCCCAUGCCACCUGGCCUUCACCGCAAAUCUCUCAUUAUAAUCACACCCGGUCGCUCGGUUAAAUUCACGGCGCAAACCUCCCAGCGGCACGAGACCUGGUUCAACGCGCUCUCCUACCUCUUGCUCCGAACCGGCUCAGAUGGCGCCAAUACAAUCCACAACCCAGGCGACCUCUCUGACGCCGACGUAGCCGAGUUCAAUCCAGGAUCGCACAAUAAACGCUCCUCCCGAUCCCGCGUCUCCCUCUCCAGCUUCCGUAGCUCCGCUACACAGAAUAGGCAAGAUUCCAACCGCCUCUCAACACGCAUCCCAACAGGCGCUGCCUCGGGCGGCAACACCCAAAGUCAAGGGCAGCAAACAGAGCCCUCGCCUAACAAAGAAAGCGUACGCAGCCGCAUAGGUCGCAGCCUUUCGCGAAACCGGGGGACCAGAUCCCGACAAGACUCUAUUGCCCCAAACGACACCAAUAACAACACUACCAAUGCUACCGCAGUUUACAACGCUCAAGACAACCAAGGAAGUGUCUCCAGCCGCAUAAGUAGUUACUGGCACAAACCCGCGGCCUCAGUCCGCAGUUCCCUCCGUAGCCGCUCAAGCUUACGUGAUGAUGGACCGCCGGAACCUGGCGUGCUUGAAGGAGGGAGAAAUGUGGUUGGUGGGCGCAUGGGCGACAGCGCAGAGGACUUGAGGAGGGUGAUUGAGAACCAAGAGCAGGGAGGGCGGUUGGAGAAUGUUAGGGCUUGCUGUGACGGUCAACAUGACGUUGGCAGCUUAGCGAAGAACGGACGACAUCACAGCCACGUGGGCUCGACACAUAGCGUGCACAGUCAACGCAGUCAUCGAUCGCCGUCAAAUUCGCUCACGAAUCUGGCGUACAGUUAG